AUCCAGUAGGGUUAGGGCUUUUUCUUCGAUCAUUGUUUCGAAAAGGACGACUGACCACUGUCGAUGCCGCUCUUUCGGCACUCGGCACCGCACUCUCUCUCUCAUCAAAAACCUCGUCUUCUUUUCCCAGUUGCCAUCACAUCAUCAUUGGUGGAACCAAAAUGGGAGAAGAGAAGAACCAAGAAGGAAGUGGACUGGUUGGUACGAUAGAUCUCGGUGGCAUUACAGAUCCAGACGAAUUGGAGGAGGCCCUGGCUCAACUCAAGCUGGAAGAUUUAGAGGAAUUGGCCCAAGUGGCUCCAGUGGACAGCUUUGGAGACGCCAAAGCCUUUGACGAUUUUAUUGGGGAAGACGACUAUCCCACAGAGGACGACCUAGAAGAUAUCGAGGAAGAUCUCGAACCCGUCAAUCCUUGGGCGGAAGGCGAGAGAGUGGAGGAUUUUACAGAAGAAGAAUUGAUUAACGUAUUGAGGUCCUUUGAGGAUAUAGUUGACGAACCGGGUGGCGAAGUCGUCAACGACGAGGAUCUAGUGGACUUUGAGGGCGACGUCCUUCCUGAACUUGAAUUCUUGGAUACAGAGGACUCGGCACAUCUCUUGGAACCGGCUGAAUUUACCGCUUCCAUUUUUGACGCUCCCAGUAAAGAGGCAGAGAGUGGAGAUCAUCAAAGCCUGGAAGAGGAAGAGGACGACGACGAUUCCUCCGAGACAAAACCAAUCGAGCUCAACGAAACCAACACCACGGAGGCCACGGGAGUGGAUGAAAAGAAAUUGGAUCUCGACGAUCUGGGACUGUUAGAAGGAUUGCAAAAACUAAAUUUGGAUUGGCAGAGCGACGAAAACAACGAUAUUGACGACGAAUACAACGACAUUCCACCCUAUCUUUAUUGCCAACCUUGUACACCAGCUGGAACCGACAUUGGAGCUGAAAACAACAACAUCACGAGUGGAUUCUCGUUACCUUCCAUUGCAGAAAACGAAACACUUUUUGGUCCCAGUGCUGACUUGAAACAGUUUGAACAAGAAGGACGCCCGGAGCUACCGCAAAAAGAGUUUGACGCACUGCUACAAUUGUCCAUUUUGAGUGACUCAUACUUUGCAGGAAGAGACAUGGAAUCCCUCAUUGAAAAGGCUGCCUCGGAAACAUCAAAGGCAGCCAUGAGCCACGAUGCUCACUCGACUGCCAACAACACGGAAGAAACAACAACAAUCCAUGUGAGCCAACGGCCAGAGGCGCUCGAUGCUGCAGCUCCCAUAUUGGCCAAUUUCGUAACCAAUGCGUCCGGGCUGGAGAAUGAAAGAAACUGCUUGGGGCACACGGAAACGUGUUUUGGGCUCGACUUUUCCGAAUGUGGCAACUACUUGGCUACGGCCAGCCAAGAUUCCACCAUUAGAGUCUGGGAUGUUGCCACGAAUGCUCCACUGUCGACAUUGCAAGAACACAGCAAAGACUAUGAGUGUCUGAGAGUGGCAUGGGCUUCUUCUGCAUGGGCCAAAGGGACGCUGGAUCGAGGAAGGGACAGCAUACAUUCGUCCCUGUUAGCAACAGCCGGCGCCGAUGGGAAGGUCAUGAUCUGGUGUAGCAAGGAUCCCAGCCAAAAGAAUUCAUUCUCUUGUUGUGCUACACUGGAUCAUUCGGCUUUUGACAGAGUACCCGUCAAUCCCGACGAUGAAAAGGAAAUGCCACAAAUAUACGCACUGCAAUGGAUUGAUCACUGGAGUGGACUUCCCAUGGCGCGAGAAAACGCAACGCAGAAUAGCUUCCUCAUGACAUCAUCAGAUGAUUUCAUUCACUUGUGGGAACUAGGCGGUAUUGAUGGACAAGGCGGCGAGAAUCUCAUAUUCAGAGAAGUAAUGAGCCUGCACUUUACGUCCUUCCACAACCAGGGAUAUGGUGUGUCGAUAUGUCAGGUGACAGAUGCAGGGCUCAAGAUGAUGGAGAGCAAACCUCAAGCGGGAAAAGACGCAACGCCAGACCGACCAAUUCAAAAACCCUUUGGUGGAGAUCGCAAUCCCAACAACAUGAUCUUUGCAUUUGAUGCCAACUACUGUGCCGCCAAUGGUCUUCUGGGGGUCGCCCUGUCGGAUGGAAGCUUGCGACUUAUCAAUGGACGGGGAGUUUGCAUUUCGAUUGUGUCGCUGCCCGGCUGUCAAAGUCACUUGACAUCUUUCUCCUGGGAUUCCACAGGUACUCGGCUGGCAACCUGUGUUGCCACGGGCCACGUGAUAUUGUGGGGAAUCGACGUUCACGAGGGCAAGGGAUCUCUGACGACCACCUGUGCGGCAAUCCUGGAAGGAGGGCACGAAGUCGGCAGGCCAGUCUUUGGUUCCAAGUUUAUUUCUGCUGGAGAGAAUCUUCUGCUGACUUGGGGAGUGGAUGGACGAUUGUGCCUGUGGGAUUCUUUUUCUAGUGCGAACAUUCAAGCUCCCAUAGCAACGCUAGUAUCCAACGCAAGCAAUCCAAUUUAUGCUGUGGAUGCGCUCGAUUCAUGCGUUGCAGUUGGAGGAGGUGGAGCUGAAUCCUCGUUCCUGGGAAUUCCCGUUCACCUCUACGAUAUUAAGAAGGGCAAAUAAUGCUGAAUGCCUUCAUGCACUCACGGAUCAGGCUAUGAACUCAAUGCUAUGUUUAUUGUUCUUUGGCUUGAUACUCCUUGUACGUUCGGGUAGAAAGGUUGAUGCCUUACUCCUCGCUGAGAUUCCUUUCGAAGGAUCAGGUAUAGAGCUCUCAGUUGCUUUUGAGCUGGUUCGUCAAUUGUUGGGUAUUUUGAAAGGGGCCUUUUGGAUCGACAUGGUACUGUGUCUAUAUGUAGUACGAGUCGCCACCAGCGAUUGGGGUAUAACUUGGUCCUUGAGCCGAAAGAACGGCGGAUCCGAUACUGAUGAGUGCCAGAAUUCCAAUCCAAAACUGCAUACAAUCCAUAACUACUUUGAGAAAACAGGAAGCUAAAGCACACAAUCAGGGAACCGCAGUCUCACUUACCCUCCAAUCUCCAGUCAAGGAACUCAUACUUGGGGGAGAUGGCACUUUGCUGGAAAUCUUUUGUACUUCAGUGGAUGCCUUGUUCGCGGCACGAAUGGCAGUAAUUUCCGCCUCUGACUUAUAGAAAUCUUUUCCUGGUCUCUCAAUCGGCUCUCCGGCCUUUUCCUUUUCCAUAACCUUCUUCCACUCAGCAUCCCAAUCCACCGACAAAUCAGAGUCAUCCGUGGGGAACUCAUCGUCACGCUUGGUAGAAGAGCAUGGAAUCAGGUUCUUGGAUGCAGUGCGGGUACUAAGAGAGCGGCCACCAAUGGGAGAAAACGCCUCCACCGAGACCCCAAAUAGCAGCACCAACAGCAAAACUGAGGAAGCCAUCUUCGUCUUGUACGACGCCAUUGUCAUCUUGGUAAGAGGAUAAAGCACCUCGAUAUCUGGAUCCUACCUAAUAUCUCAGGCAAUGCCACGAUAUGCGUCGAAUAAACAGAAUCAGAAUUUAGAUCUCGUUUUCUGCGAAGAAUAAUGAAGACAGCAAGAAGGCAGCUGCGUCAAUCUCUGACGUUGCAGAGUGCAUGCAAAGGGCCGUAAACCGAGGAGUAAAAGAAAACCGAUUUUCCUACUGUUAAAAAAGCAAAAGGACUAACAAAAGUAUAAAUUUUAUGUUUAUUCAG